CUCUCUUUCUUCACUGAACCCAUGUAACUGAAUGUCCCGCCCUCUCUCUCGCCAAUAACGCACAUUUGAGGCAUCCCCACCGAGGCGUUCUGUCGUGAGUCGGGAACUAUAUUACUUUUCACGUGUCAAAAACGUCCGCUGCCAUUGGUGUUGCUCUGGUUUAUUUCAAUUCCUGGUUGGUUGAAGGCCAUAGCAACAAAGCGCCAUGUUUCCCUCAAGGGGAGGAUAAACUAAGCUAAUUUACUGGGUACUUAUGAAUCAAAUGUUCGCGAUUUAACGGCGAUUAUAGAUGCAUCGUAAUAACGCAUAUGGUCGAUGCAAUGCAACACCGCCGUGGUGGCGAUCGCAUGUUGUUGAGGGCCGUUUGCAAAUCGUUGGGUAAACAGAGGUAAGGCUGCAAUAAGAAGACUCCUCAUUGGAUAAUAAUCGAGUAUGACGGACCUGCCGGUCGAGGAGGAUAUGGACGCCUCGGAAACGGUGCAGUUGUAUGAGGAUGUGAACACGGAGGUGGUGGAGAGCUGUUACACUCUGCAGGAAGUUGCAUCCCCUAAAAAGAGAAAAAGUAAAGCACAGGAAGACAUUCAUGAUAAACCCAAGAAGCCAAGGUCUGCCUACCUGCUCUACUACUUUGACUUCCACCAGGUGAUCCAGCUGGAGAGCCCUAACCUGCCCCAGUCGGAGAUUAACAAGCGCAUCAGCGAGAGCUGGAAGAGGCUGAAUGUGGCGGAGAAGGGCUACUACCUGGAGAAGGCCAAGCUGGAGAGAGAUGGCGUGGACACAUCCUCAGUCACCUCCACCCAGGACCUCUCUGGAUUCCGCAAGAUCCUCCCCAGGGCCAACUACGUCCUCAUGUCCAAAGAAUCCCCCUCUGGUCCCCAGGCAGUGGGGGGGUCCCUCCCCCCAGAACCUGCCCCCCUGGAGUCUCUGGAGCCCCCGGUCCCCGAGGGGACGUCCUCCGUACCCCUUCCCCCAGACACCCAGCACCCCGCCCUGGCCCUGGACAGCGAGGGGGAGUUUUCCGAGCAGUGCAUCGCCAUCGGGGGGCUGGCGGAGGAGGCGGCCUCCAUGACUGAAACCACCGCGGCCCUCCAGGGGAUCCUCCCCCCGUCCGCCUCCUGCCCCCCCUGGGCCCCGGAGCCCCUGGAGUCCCGGGCCGCCCCCUCCCCGUGUCCGGACAGCUGUGGGGUGCUGCUGGACGCAGGCGCCCCCACCAACCCCGCCGUCAGCGUCUAUAGCGUCGUGAACUCCAAACCGGGGGAUUCUGUGGGCGGGGCUGAGAUGCAGCCGAUGAGGCAGGACAUAGCGCAGGUGGUCUCCAUCUUACCUGCCCAGAACCGGGUGGAGCCCAAGUCUGCGGCCGCUGUCAACUCCGUCAGCCACGUGAUGAUGGUGUCCGUGGGCGCCGGGCUCAACCCUAACACAAAGCCUUCGUAUAUAAUGGCGGUGAAGACCUAUACCAGGAGGGGGCGUGGCCGGUGCCUGGCGCCUGGCUGUGCCUUCGUCUACGUGACCCGCCACAAACCGCCCUUCUGCCCAGAGUGUGGCAACCAUCUAGGGGGCAAAUGGGUACCUGCUGCUAAGAAAACCGCGAAGCAAUCGAAGCAAUUCAACCAGAAAGCUGAGAUCAGCUCUAGUGACGGCUGUCAACCCACGCUGUCUGCUGCUGACGACGGGCACUCGACCAGCGGCCCUGAGGACACGAAGCACGGCCGGGGCGAAGGCCAGAGGAAGCAGGGCCUCAGCCAGCAGCCUGCAGCCGUGAAGGGAGAACCACUAGAGGGCAGCAGCACCAAAGCACCGCCGCGAGCACGACAAUUGAAACCAACUGCCAAAGGCAUUACGGUCAAAGGUCACGAUAAAAGUCACGUGACCAUAAAGAAGAGACCAGUCAGGCACAUCCUGCCAGCCUACUGCACCAGUGUUAUUCCGUCUGUAGGCCGCGCUGUGCUCCAGUUCAUAACGGUUCCUCCAGACAAGGGAAGAGUCACCUGCAACAACCCCAAAUCUGUCCCCACAGUCCCCGGUCAGAGCAUGUCCGGUCUCAAACCCAGUACCCUGAAGCAGCUGGGCCACAUCGUCCCGGCAACAGCAGCUGGAGCCCCGGUGCAGAGCCCCGCCGCGCCCCGCCCAGGGAGCCAGUACGUCGCCUCGCUGGACUCCAACAUCCUGUCGGUCGUGCCCUUCAAGCAGAACUCCGUCUCCAGCUUCGACCUGGGUCUGUCGACGGCGCGGGGGCGCGGCCGCUGUAAGAACCCCGCCUGCAACUACGUGUACAAGAACCGGCACAAGCCGGCCGACUGCCCCACGUGUGGGUGGGAGCUGACCCGCAAGAGCAGCAAGGGGGCCAAGGCCGCCCCGCUGCUGGACCCCUACCGGCCCCUCAGCCCCGCCCAGAGGGAGCUCCAGCGCCGCUCCACUCUGCUGCUGCUCCGGCGCGCGCUGCAGAUCCCCGAGGGCGAGGCGGAGCUCCAGGACGUGCUGGCCCUCAUCCAGGACCUCAACGGGGCCACGGUGGAGCUGCCCCCAUCGGGGCAGCAGGGCGGGGCCCGAGGCGACCCGGGGGAGGGGGCCGCCCCGCCGCGCUCCGGCUGGCCGCGCUACUUCGAGUCGGCCGCCGUCCACUGCGGCCUCUGCCAGUACCCGCUCUUCAAGGGGGGCCAGAGCACCGUGGCAGGACAGGAGGACUGCUGGCUGCUCACCGGGACGUUGAUCCAGACGGCGUCUCUGCAGCUGAAAGUCUGUCUGAACACGCAGUGUCUGGCGCUGCACAGCUUCACGGACAUCCACCCAGGUUUGUUCAACAUCGGCAACACGCUGCUGGUGAGUCUGGACCUGUUCCUGAAGAUGAGGGAUGAGAUCCACCUGGGUCAGCACCCGUCAGACGCUGCUGCCACCGUCCUGGACCACAUCCACCGUCACCCUGGUAACGGCCGGGAGCUCCGCUCUCAGACCCCUGUCUGGGACAUUUCCCCUCCUUCCCAUCUUCUACUGGAUCUCUACCGGGGCGGGACUUAUUCUGAUCCCCCGUCUUCUAUCCACGCCCUGGUCCCGGAGGAGGCGUCCCGGGUGCAGGCCCUGCUGCUGAGCGGCUACUGGGCCUUCGAGAGCCUGACGGUCCGGGACUACAACGACAUGAUCUGCGGGGUGUGUGGCGUGGCCCCCAAGGUGGAGGUGGCCCAGCGCUUCCCCCACAACGUCCUGGAGCUCCACAACGUGCAGUUCACGUGGCCGGAGACCCCCGGUCCGGACGAGGUCCACGUGGACGACUUCUGGCUGACCAUGGAGAGCGAGGCCAUCGAGCAGGCGGCCUUCCCCUCGGACAUCCCCGUCACGCAGGUGGACGCCUCCAUCGUGGCCCCCUUCAUCCCCCCACUGAUGCGGAGCCCGGCCGUCAUCAACACGGAGAAGGACAAGGUCCCCUCCGACACGGCGCCCCCCGCAGGGGGCGCGGCGAGGCUGGUCCGGCUGAUCCACGAGGGCCAGCUGAGGCUGGACGCGCUGGAGGAUCACUCGGAGGAGGAGCUCCAGGCCAUGCUGCGCUGCUGCGGAGAGAGCCCCCCGCCCAGGCCACCAGGGAGGACCUGCUUGGCUCCCUGCUCUCCCUGUACGCUCACGUCCAGAACGGCCUCUCCACGGCCGCCAGCCGCCCCCCCACCUCACCGCGGGGAAGCUGUCCAAGGUGUGCCCCCACAAGGUGGUGUGCGGCUCCAAGUACCUGGUCCGGGGCGAGACGGCCCGGGACCACGUGGACCUGCUGGUGUCGUCCCGCUACUGGCCGCCGGUCUACGUGACGGAGGCGGCGCGGGCCGUGGCGCUCUGCACCGACCUGCACUACCCCGAGCUGGGGGGCCCAAUGUGGGGCCGCAACCAGGGCUGCUUCUCGGACCCGCUGGACAGGCCACAGGUGUGCGCGUGUGUGUGUGUGUGUGUGUGUGUGUGUGUGUGUGUCCAACCUGUUAGUGCUACCAGUAGGCUACCAGUGCUACAGAAGGGUUUGACCCACUGGUUCUUAAAUAACCUCUAGAUGUAAACAGAAAUAAAAUACAAACGGACAUCCAUGUGGAAAUGUCCCCAUCCUUAAAGAGCGAGUGUUGACGUCCCAUCUGGUGGUCUGAGCCUACGUUCACAUCAUGACGGUCUGAACAGAGGACGCAAAAGUGGCGUCGCGUCUUCGCUUUUUAUUCCGCGUUUAGACAAGUGUUUUCGGGAGGAAAUCUGCGUUCAUACGGUGAAGCAAAAGUGUGGAAUUCGAUUGGGUAUGCAUGCCAGGCGGCUAGGUGGUGCUGUGAUACACUAUCACACAGCACCACCAUGUCUGAGCGCAUGCGUAGCAUCUUCCUUUUUCUCUUAUCUGCGCCGCGAAAAUCAAACCAUAAUUACAGAUCCUUCUCUGUUCAGUAAUAAUAUCUGUACAUAUCCUGUACAUUUCGUGGAAGACUCCUGUAAGUUUAUUAGAGCUGCCAGAGCAGCUUGACGGUCCGACGCAUGGAAAUAAUCCUACAUGUUUUUUUAUUUCCCUGCAAUGUAUGUGACGUAAACGCGUACGCGACGUGAGCAGAUCUGAGCAGAGUUUUGCGUCUUGGCAGGAUAGACGAAACGCUACGGCGGAGCGUAUUCAAGUUUUCCACUCUGACGGGGCCUGAAUGGUCGAUGAUUUUCGGCUGUGAAUAUCAACAGAUGUGGGAUGUCGUUUAAACCGUCAAUAACAUAAUAAACUGGACCCUUGGAGGGCCCCAUUGUUUGAGAAACUGAUUCUCUCUCUCUC